UCUCACGUAGGUGUUCGGACCCUCACCAGCCGGUCCGUUUGCAAGGUCCACCGCCGCUCGGCUGAGACCGUGCGCCGUCCGCUCUUGCUCUCCACCUACAGUAGCUACCCGCACCCUGGCACCGAACGCUCUCGCUAUGGUUCGAAGCGUCCAGCAAAAGUACGCCAGCGCGCCCGUCCGGGCCACCAAGCACCAGGACUCUGAUUCGUCAUCACUCGACCUGUCAGACGACAAUGGCUACUCUGGCGUCGAAGACGUCAGCGAUUCCGAUGAUGAGGACGAGGAGCGUGUCUUUGCGGCCGAGGAGGAGCACAUAAUCAAUGAUGCAUCGCGAAAGCGAUCCUCAGCUCCCCCUCGGCCGCUGCUGGAAGAUGAUGAGGAGGAUGAUGCGGACGAAGAGAGCGAGGCGGACGAAGCAGAAGAAGAAGAGGCGGAGUCCGAGCUUGAGGAAGCUGACCCCGCCGACGACAGCGCUAGCUGGGGAGGCAUCUCGUCCGAUCACGAGGAGCCUGGCCCCGCAGAACCCUUCGCCAGCGACAACGUUGACCAGGCGGCUAUCACCACCAUUGAACGCCAUGUCCGCUUUGCCGGCGUGCCCGACAGCGACUCGGACUCGACCACAACCGAUACUUCGGAUGCCAUCAACGAUUUCUUCCCCGAUAUAUUUGUAGAGCAGAGCGCCCUCGACCCCUCAUUUCGUCGGGAGAUUGAGGCCGAUGACGAGACUUCCUCGAAUGAUUCAUUUUGGGACUUCCACAGCGCCGCGCUCGACGCCUUGGCUCCGGCCUCAGACGACGAGGUCGGUGCCCUAGAUUCGGAUAUCACGCCGAUGGCGACGCCCGGGCCUAGCCAGCCUUCCACCGAUGCGUCCACUCCCGUCGCUAUCCCGGCAGACGAGCUGGACCUCGACGGAUACGAGUCCGACGGUGAGACGACCGAAGAAGAUGUGCCGGAACCCGUUGUCCGAAAAAGGCAGAUACGACGGACGCCCUCAGUUGAGCCGUCCUCCGACUCGGACACGGAGAGACCUGUCCGGCGUGGCCUCGGGAAGCCUCGCGCGGGCCGGUUCGAUCUCGACAGGUCGGAUAACAAGCCCAUCGGCGUCGUCGAUCCGAAUUCUGGGAAGAUGAUCAUUUUCACUCCCCGCCGCACGAACCAGUUGGAUCUCUCGCCCGAGUCGCUCCAUCUUGACUUCUCCAGGCAAGACCUGCCCGCCUACUCCCCGCCGGUGAGGAAUCCUGGUUUCAUCAUGAUGGGAGCUAUGGCGUCUUCCAAUACCUUUGGGGAUUUCAUGAACAUGCAACCAUUCGGCCCGGCCGAGGCCUUCUUCCCUUGCACCUCCGACGCCUUGACGGGCGAGGAGAGCGACGACUCGUACCUUGCCGGUGUAGGCGAGGACGAUGAGGAAAGCAUGCUCCGAAUUGAAGACUUUAUCACGUUCCACAAUGAUCCCUCCGACGGGGAGGAAUCGGGUGCCGAGUGGAACGGCGAUCUCGUUUCCAGCCCCACGCGGCCCAAGACCGCCGCGAGCAGCGCAAGCGCUGCUUCCGAAUCGGCUGCAGCGCAUCCGCUGCUCACGCACUUCGACAACAAUUCGGACGCGGUCGGUGCCUUCCGCCGCAACCAGAUCAACCAGCAGCUGAUCUAUAGCGACAAAGCCAGCCAGGAGUCGCUCGCAUUCUCAGGGCCCUACUACCACGGCACGCUCCGAGGCAUCAAGGCAGGAAGCUUGGAAACCGUCACGACGCCCAUCACGCCCAUUCGCAGGCAGAAAAGAAGCAGCACGAAGAGGAAGGCAUCGGGCAACCACGCGGACGCGGGCAUGCACAAGCGACACCGGAGUAUCUCGGACAUGGAAGUCUUGCGCAUCUGACGCCCCCCUUGGGGCGGACUCGGCGGCAGCGGGACUGUGCAAAUUACGUCGGAGGACGGCAUGGUCUGGGCCCGUCAGUCCUCGGAAGUGGACGCGGAAACUCCCCCCAGCCAUCCCUGGCCUCGUAAUGUUUUGACGACGAAUCCUUCGACCGAACGAUCUUUCACUUUGUUUCCUUCUCUUGCACUUAUCCGACCCGUCAUGACGAGUUCAGCGUUUUCUCUUUUAAGCCCGGUGGAAAGGGCGGUCGCAGCGAGGGAUUUCUGACUGGUUCUCCGCGGAUCUUCUCCUGUCACUAUUUCGAAGCUGGUGGAAUUACGGUGCCGGAUUAAAUAUUUUUGUGUUUCUUUUUUUCCCCCCGUUUUCUCGUUUUCUCUUGUCCUUUUGCCCGAGACGAAGACAACUUCACGGCGCUAGACAGACGGCUGGUCAAAAAAAAUGCCGGUUUGGCUGGUA